GGAGAAGUGAGAAGUAGUUUAUGAAAGAAAUGUGUACGCGAAAUAAAUAUUAGUUUGGUUGUAUGAUUUUUAAAAGUAUUGAAUUAUAAGUCAUCUAAUUAUCCGGAAAAGGAUGAUAACUUUAUAAAAGACAAACACAUGAUUAAGUGAAAUUUUUAAUCAUUGAAAAACCGAUUCUAUAAAUUUAGUGUCAGAUUUCAGAUGUUAAAAGGCAGAGAGCAUACUAGCAAGGUUAAAUGAAACAUCAUAUUGUGUGCAACAUUUGCUGCCUUGGAUAGCAAAGCAUGUGCUCUGCUUUGUUCUUUUUACAUGUGUAGAUUGAUUGAAGUAUUCAACAGUUUGUUUUCUGGAAAAUAAACGGAUUAUAAAUGGCAAUUGGAUGUUGAAACAUAUGGUAAAGACGGGCACACUUCCAGUAAAAAAUCGACGGGAGGAGGGCUCGUCCAUCUACCAUCUCCUAUCUUGGCUUUUGCUGUUGGCAGAUACGCGUGUUCAUUAUAAGCGUUCACUAUGCAGCAAGAAGGCACACCUAAAUAUUUGAAGUUUCAUCAGGGUAGUGUUCGAGGUGUGGCAUUUAGUCCCAGAGAUAGAUAUUUAUUUUGUUCUGGUGCAUAUGAUGGAAAAGUCAAUUUGUAUUCUGCCCAGAGAAUGGAACUACUGAUGUGUUACCAAAUCUCAACACUUGGUCUGGCACGAAAUGUUAAUGCUGUCCGCUUUACAAGUGAUGGCUCAAGGAUACUUGCAUCCACUACUGCACGAAGACUUGCUGUUAUUGAUGUUGAAAGAGGGGAGCAAGUUAUGUCAUAUGAUAAUUGUGCCUUUAAUGGUAGAGAUCGUGCGGGGUUAGCUGCGGAUCCUGUGUGUCCAAAUAUGGCUGUCUGUAGUUGUGUGAAUGGGAAGGGGUUGACUUUAUUUGACUUGAGGAUGCCCCUUCCUUUGGAUUUUGUGUAUGAUUUGCAUCCUAAUAUCAUAAGAGAUAUCACAUUCGUCCACAGUAGUUGGCCAUUUGUCCGGAGUCAACAAAGUGCGAUUCUCUCUUUAUCAUGUGAUGGUGUUUGUAAAGUAACUACUUUGGAUGGACGCUAUUUGCAUUGUUUUGAAGUCGGCCAUGGUGCAAAUUCAAUAGCUCCUACUCCUGAAACAUAUGGCACUGGUGCUGAAGAUGGAUUUUUUAGUAUAAUGAUGGUUGGUGGUGAUAUUAUAUCUGGAUAUAUUCCUGAUGUUGGAAUCCAAGAACGCCUAAGAGAACAUGGAAAUGUCCCCAUAUGGAAGUUAAGGUACACAUCAAAUGGAGGACUUUUAUAUACUGCUUGUGAUGGUGGAAUUGUAAGAAAGUACCGUAGAUAUCCUAAUCAUCAUACUUAUCUUGGAGAAGUUUAUUCACAUAAAGGUGAUAUACAAGACAUGGAUUUGUCUCCUUAUGAUGAAUUCUUAAUAACAGCUUCAAAGGACAGAUCAGUCGGCAUCUUGCGAUUAGGAGCUCCAAACCAUGGAUGGACAGAAUACAGUGAAUUAACCUGAUGCAACAUAAUUUGCAGAGCAUCAAGUCAGCAAGAUUUUUAAUACUCCCAAAUAGCUUCAUCAAGCUAUGAAAAUAGCAAUUCUAAGCUGUGAAACAUUCAGCUAUCCAGUAAAAAUAAUUGAGAUGCAUCGUGUAAAGUUUUUCAAGCUUCAAAAGCAUUUAUAACAAUGUCUCAUAAUCACUUUUAUAGAUUUAAUUAUGAAGUAUUAAAGUAAAUGCUUAUUGAUGGUUAUUCUUUCCAAAAUGUUUGCUUACGUUAAAGAUUUUUUCUACAGAUAUUUUGAAACAACUUUAUCACGACAGUAGUUUUUAUUGGCAUUUGUUAUUUAAAAUUAUCUGAUCCUAAAAUAGUGCAAAACCAACUAUUCCAAACAAGUUACGAUAACUAUUUAUUAUAAAACUUCCUAUUAUUUUAGAAGAAAAAUAGUUUUGUCUUGGUAGACCCCAAUAUAGAACAGCAGCAUGUUGUUCAACUCUGCCUGAUUUAAUGUUUUAAUCAGCUUUCUUCUAGUAAACAGCCCUUACAAUCUGAUUUGUUUCCCCUAUGUUAAAAUGUAUGUUAUGGAUUAUAACAGUAAGAAAAAUGUAUUAUUUUCAAGGUAAAAUAUCUUUUCUUGAAAUUAUUUUUUAAGUUCCUCUGAAAACUCUGAAAAAAGUGCAAAACAAAACAAAAAGAUGCUUCAUGCCAAAAAUUUAACCAUUGCUUUAGCUGCGUACUAGUUCUUCGUUCUGCUGAUUUCUUUCAAAGAGCAUUAUUAUUCAGACUAAAAGAUUUUUUUAGUUUUGUUUUCAUAAUCUGAAAAGUCGCCAUACUGAAAUUUUAAGUAUGUAUGAGUAUGUGAAUACGUAUUUCUUCACAAAUAGUAUUUUGAGACACUUUUAAUCACAGAGAAAAAAAAGCUGUUUUUGCAUAGGAAUCUUUGUUUAGUACUGAAUUUUCAGUAUCAGACCCAUCAUUAGGUAUCAAAAAAUUGAAUAUUGUUUUCUUUUUUGUUGAAAAAUGCCAAACUUUGACUACUCAAAAGUGUUGUGAUUAUUGUUAUGAGACUUUCACAUAGUGCUUAUUUUGUUCCCUUUUACCACAUUUGGGCUUAAAGAAGACUUGUACUGGAUUGACAACUCCUGAUAGAUUAGUGGUCAUUCAUUUCCAGCAAUUGUUCUCAUGAAAUAUUUUUUUCACUGUUAUGCUCACUGCUUAAAUCUCAUGCUUAAAAAACUAGAAAUUUGAGAAAGAUGUCUGUAUGACAAUGUUGCAUUUUUUUUAAUCAGUUGUAAUGAAAGUUGUUAAUUUAUAUAUAUAUAUAUAUAUAUAUAUAUAUAUAUAUAUAUAUAUAUAUUUCUCUAAAUUUGAUAUAGAAAAAGGCUUUAGAGCUAUGUAUACUUUGAAUUUUAAAAUAAGAGGGAAAUAUUGCUACUAUGGGAAGGAUCUAAACACUUGGAAUAUUUUAGUUCAAACAUAUAUAAUUCACGUGGGGGAAUGGAUUAAAAAACUUAAUUUAAGAGGCAUAAAUUAAGAUCACGUUACAUUGUUUAAUUGCAAUGUCAUAGUAUCUGAAUAUGUGGGUUUCUUUUACUUGGUUCUAAUUAAUAUACUAUGAAAUGUCAUCAUAAUAUUUUAUUUGACAUUACCAAAAUUUGAAGAAACCAGAAGGAAACAAUUGUCUGAAACCUUGGCUCCUCUCUACAAGAUAUUUACUUGUGAAACUUCUUGCUGUGCCAGUUGUGGAGAAACAAAGCAUUUGGAUGUCCGGACGUAGAAAUGUUUGUUAUUUUUUCCUGAUAAUUCAAUUUCUUCCUAAACUUUGAAACACUUCUCACCUACACAUUAAAUUAUUUUCCAAGUUCAGCAAGAGUCUACUACACAUGCAUCCAUAGACUAUACCUUUCAGUUUUUUUUAUAUUCAAGUUAUAAAUGCAAAAUGGAGAAUUCAUCAUGAGCAAUAUUUUAAGAAGAAUCAAUUCACAAGUAAGAAACUAUACGUAAAAACAUUGGAUACAAAUUUUAUAGAUAAAAAAAAACAUUUGAAAUGUCACAAAAACUUUAAAAACUUUGUUAAUUUUUCCUGGAGUCCAUUUAGAUUGGAUUCAGAGAAGAAAAAUUUUCAAAAAACAUAAGCUUGACCCAGUUUGAUUAGUACUGUACAUAUUCUAAAACCAUUAUAUUCAUUUUUAUUUGACACUUAAAAUUGGUUCACUACUAUUAUCUUUUGGAUUUAAAAAAAAAAGAUUAAUUUCCUUCAUCAAGCAAAUAUAAACAUGUUGCAUGCAGUUGUACUGUACAGAGAUGUAAACCACAACAAUACCCAGCAUGUAUUCACUAUAGAGGGUGCAUAGAUUUUUAGAAAAGUCUACACUGCAUUUUGUAAUGUGUAUACUGGGUGUUAAAGAGUAAAUUAUUGUGUUUCAGAUCAAACUGGCAUAACACACCUGAAAGUGAAUAUCUGGAAGUGCCUGAAACUUUCAUCAGUAUAUUCACAUGGAUUUAUUCUCCUAAUGCAAACAUAUCAAUUAGUCACUUUGCCACACACAUUGUUUUAAUUUAUAGUUAAAUACCAUUUAUUUGAUUUCAAAAUAAAUUACAUUAUCAUUAGUUCAGGGGGGAUUUUAUAGCUUUGUUAAAUGAAAAGAACAUUACACAUAAUCAUCAUUUCAAUUCCUUGUUUAAUUACCACUUUUUAGUAUCACUGCCACUGUUAAUAUUAUCAAUUUCAAAAGCAAUAUUUUUUGGAAGAAAAUUAUUUUCUACAAACUUUCUGCAAGCUUUCAGUGUCAUGUGAUAGGAAAAAUGAGACGAAAAGAAGACAGAAAACCUUGUGCACCUAUUUCAUAUUGAAUCUCAUGUAGAGUACCCUAGAAUUUUUUCAGCUAACAAAUUCCAGAAAAAAAAAAUUCAUUUGAAAUGAGAAAUAUGUCUGAUGAGUUUGAUACUACUUAAAGCAAUAACAAAUUGUUCACAAGAACUAAACAAAGCUGGUACUACAACAUAUAGAUGCUUUAAAGGCAGUAUGCACAAAGGAUCACAAGCAAGAGAGUGAGCAAAGAAAAAAAAAAGAAAACCUUCUGUUCAUAAAAGUUGUUGCAAUGAAGUAAUAGCUGCACCCAGUGGUUAUGAAAUGAGACAGAAAAACUACCUAUCAGAAUGAUUUCAAUAAUUUUUAAGCAUUAUGAACACGUUUUGGUUUAAAUAAAAAAAAUAAUUUGGCUAUGAUUAGUAAGUAUAUAUUACAAUAGCCAUUAUUAAAGUUUUGAUUUUAUUCUUUUAAUAAAACAAUAGAUUCAUU